CACAUCUUCCCGUGCAAGUUAAGUCAUCUUUAGAUUACUAAUGCAAUGUAAAUGCUAUAUAAAUAGUUACUGGUAUACAGCAAAUUCAAGUUUUGCUUUUUGGAACUUUCUGGAGCUUUUAAAAAAAUUUGGCCCAGAAUUGGUUGAAUCGGGAAGAUGGGGAGAGCUAACUAUAUAAUAACUUAAAAAUAUAAGGACCUCUGAACAUGUACAGUCACAUACCUGAACAACUGAAAUUAAGAGGAAAAUUGAAACAUGUGCCUAGUAAGUUAUAGGUGGUGACACUUUUGUGGCUUAUAAUACCAGAUAGGUAUUGACUAUGUCUUGUUUACUGAGGAAGAAGACCUCGAUUUACAGAUAGAAGAAUAGACUUUGAAGGAUAAUUUGCCUAAAGCUGCAUAGCUGUGCCUGGGAAAGGGACCAAACCUGGAUGUUUCAUCUCUAAAUGUAUUGCUUUUACCAUCUCAACAGCCUGGUUUUCAACUGUUACGUCUCUGUCUGACCUGCACAAUUCAUUCAUUCAUUGAGCAAAUAGUUAUUGAGUGUCUACUGUGCCAACAACAAAAGACCCUGCUCUAGGUGCUAGAGAAACCAGGGUGAACCAAUAAAGUUACUACCCUCCGUUAGUAUUAUGGUGGGGGAAUCAGUGAUCAAUUAAAGAAAUAUGUACUCUAAUUUUAGAUAUUGAGACAUACCAUUAAAAAAAAUAGCUAGCAAAGAGUUUGGGGAAUGGUGGUGGGCAGGAGAGUGCUGUUUUAGAAAUGUAGUAAGAAAGGCUUCUUUAGGGAAUCUGACUUGAACAGAAACCUGAAUGAAGAAAGGAAAUGAGGGUGUAAGAGUAAGAAAACAGGAAUUUGGUUUGAGCAACUGGAAAGAUGGAGUUGCCAUUACUGAGUUGAAUUAAGAUUUUAAAUGUUUUUAGAUGCCUCUUAGACAUCUAGAUGUCUAAGUAACAUUCAUUUAAAUGAGAAAUAUGAUGUUUAAAUCCAUUAGAGGUUAGAUGAGAGCCCACGAACGGUAUGCUAUAGGUGUAGGUAGAGAGGACCAAGGACUGAUCCCUAGGACACGUCAGUGUUUAGAAUUCAAGGAGAUGAGCAAACAGGAUAGCGCAUUGACAAGAAGAGGCAGUAUGUUAUGAGAAAAAAACUUUGAGAGCUUGCAGCCUUAGAAGAUAAGUGAGAAAGUGUUUAACGGGAAAAGGGGUAACUAAUUCUAUCAGAUAUAUUGCAGAUUGGUCAAUUAAGAUAAAGACUGAGAACUGAUCAUUUCACAAAGAAUAGACAAAAUAUUUUUAUGCAAAUGCUCUUAGUGGUAGUUACUUGAAAAAAUGUGUGUCCUUUCUGCAGAAGUUCCAUUUUCACAAAAAUUUUGAGGUUUAUUUGAUAAUACCUGUCAAAACCUUAAAUGUAUACAUUCUUUGAUCUUGUGAUUUCACUUUUAGGAAUUUAUCCUAGAGUAAUAAUUACACAUAUACGCAAAGAUAUGUGUAUCAAAAUGUUCCUAACAGCAUCAAUUUCAAUAGUAAAAAAAUAAUAAAAUCUCCAUCAGGAUGGAUGCAGUUGUUAAAGGAACAGUAAAUAUGCAUCUAUAGAUAUACUGUAAGAUAGCUUUCACAUAUUGUUAAAUGAUAAAGGCAGGUUAUCCAAUAAAAUGUAUAAUAUGAUUUAUGUUAAUAUAUUCAAAACAGGCAUUUGAUUACAUUAUCAAAAUUUGCCCCCUUGCUUCCUCAUUACUAUCACAUUAGCCUGUUUUAUUCACAGCACUUCUCACUAUCCAAAAUGAUUUUAUUUAAAUCCUUGUUUACUAUCUUUUGCUUUUUUCAUAGGAAUGUAAGAUUUAUAAGGCAUUUCUGGGCUUGUUUAUAGUGUGUUUCUGCUGCUUGGGGAUGUAAUUUUUAAAAUCUAAUUUUAGAGAAAAAAAAUAUUUCUUAUUUCCCUGGGUUAGUUGUUAACUAUUACUCUCAUCCCUGAGAAUACCACUUAUUUUAUCCCUGCCUCAUUUUUAUCAUAUAUAAAUGAAGAUAGUCAUCUCAACCCUAAAGUCACACUAGAAUUACCUGUGUAACUUUUAAAAAAUGUUUAUGCUUAGGCUCCACUGUAGACUAAUUAAAUCAGAACAUGAUGAGGUAGUGUCAUGGUGUAUUUUUUGAAGUUGUCUUUGAGAUUCUAAAGGGUGGGCAGAUUGAGAAACACGAGAAUAGAUGAUAUUUGAAGUAUAGUUCUGGUGAUUUUGGUAUCAAAAAUACAUAGGGAUGUACUUUCUUAGAAUUAGGAUGCCAGUUUUUCAGACAAAUCAUCUUUUGCUUUAGGAAUAGUAGAUGGAAUCAUCAUUUUUCUCCUCUUCUCUAAGUACUUCUCCCUUGAUAAGGUGUAGGUAUUGAAGUACAAAUAUUUGACCUAUUCCAAGAAUUUCACAAAAGACAGACCCAAAAUACGAGCUUCACUUUUGCUGGAAACUUUACUGUUGGUGGGAUCACUUUCCUAAAGAUUGUUAAGUUCACUAAUGCUUGAUGAAGCCUCUUCAUGUUUUUACUUCAUUAAUUAGGGAAGUAAAGACCCUCAGGCCUUGCUGUAUCACUUUGGGAAGCCCCUUUGCCCUUCCCUGGAUCUUUGUGAUGUGUUCACCUAGCAACAGCUUCUUUGAUGUGCAAACAUUCUACUGGUAAAUUGUGCAGAGCAGCCAUUCAUAUUGGACAAUUCAGGUUUCUUCUGGGAAUUGACCUUGGAUUUGGAAUUUUCUCUUGUGCUUGAUAUGGUUCAGCGGGCAGCUCCUUCUGAGAUCUGGCUAAACUGUAAGGAUCUGAAGUUGAAUCUGCCUGAAGACAUUGUUGAUGCUGGGCAGACCUCAGCAUCUCUUCCUGACCACUCUCUGCAGACUUCUCUUGGAAGCACCUUGGUUCCCCAUUACUAGAUCUGUUGCAUACUUCUUUUAUCUCCAGCAUGUCAGGCCCUCUCCAGCUUUUAAACCACUCAAAUCCAGGAAGGCUUGCUACUGGCCAAAGCAAAGGGCCUCACAAGGCUAAGCCAUCAGGAGUCAGGCAUCUGUCAGCUUACACGUCUCAGAAGAAUAGCCCAGGGGCUUGUUUGGAUCCACCUCUUAAAGUGGUUCCCACCAGGAAUCCAGUCAUGUACAACAAAAAGGCAGCUGACCCAGUCCAUCCUGACCUUACUGGUUUGUUGGUGAAAAAUAAGAAUCUUUCAGCUGAGCUAAGAAAUCUUCAAAACAAACUUUUCAUAAAAGAAACUUCAUUACAAGAGAUGAAGAGUGAGCUAGAAAGUUACAAAGAAAAUAAUGUGCAACAGUCAUUCCAGAUAAUGUCCCUGAAAGAUGAUAUCAAGGACCUAGAGGAACUUAUUGCUUCUCUAACCAGAAUUAAGUCUUUGAAAAACACCAAUAUUCAGAAUCUUGAAAGAGGCAACUGGGAUCUAACUGAAAGAAUUCUAGAACUAGAAAACCUUCUAAGUAUGUUACACAGGGUACAUCUGGUUGAAAGAAAAAAGGCAGAGAGAAAACCAGACCAUUUGGAGAAAAAGUUAGCAGGUGCUAACAGAUUCACCCCUUAUAUAAAUAUGGAAGGACAAGAAGAUUCCUUCAAUAGUUUCAAAAUGAAGGAUAAGGAUGAAGGUAUCCUAGUCAAGAACUUGGAGAGAGACAUUUUUCACUCUGAAGGACCAAAAGAUGGGCAGAAAAUUUGGGAUAAAUGUCAACAAGAUUUGAACCAUAAGGAAAAAAAAAUAUGUGAGUUAGACAAACCUCCAUAUUCAUUCAGCUGGGAAACUAAAACUGCACGAUCCCACUACCAGAAAUUCCUCAGUCGGUUGUCUACUCUUCCCAGCAACAGUGUUGAACCCAUACCAGCCAUGGAGGAAACUGUGAAAGAGAGCAUUCAGGAAACUGGUGCUAAUGGGCAAUCUUGGAAGUCUAGAACUGAAGGCCUCCAGCAGGAAAUUCAGAUGCUCACUAAGCGACUGGAGAAGCUGUAUCCUAAAUGUGAAAAAACUGCUGGAGAAUCAUCCCAAACUGAUGAAAAGUUUAAAGAACAAAUAAAACCCUUGAAACGUCUGGAAGGAAAAACUGCUAUUAAUGACCUUUUUCAAGAGAGAUUAGAAUUGGACAUGAACAAAGAAAACUCCAGGAUUCAGACUUCCCAGAUGGAUGAGCAUGAGAAGACAUUCAAGCAGCCUGAGAAAGACAAUAAGCAAGAAACAUUAUGGAAUAUUCAGAAGAAUCUGCAGAUUGUUACAACUCAAAGAUUAGAGGAGAAAAUUCAGAAACUUCAGAAACAGCUUAGUGAUUUGAAAUUGUCAAAUGAAAAUAUGAAAACUCAACUGACAAGAGUAAAUGUGCUUAAAGACAAAACAAUUGAGAAGCUCAGGCAAUCUUUAAUAGAAGCUGAAGCAAUGAAAGGGAAGGCAGUUAUGGAAACAGACUUGAAAACUGCACUAGACUCUGCUAAGCAAGAGGCAAGAUGGAACAAAGAGAGGGCCCAUCCGAUGUUAGAAACCGUCACUCCUGAGCUCUGCACAGCAAAGAGCACACUUGAAGAAGUACCGGGACAAGAGAAGCUUGCUGACUUUCGAGAAACUAUUAUGAAGAUGUUGGGAUUUAACGUGAAAACAGCAGACAAGAAAAUCAUCAAUCACCUAAGGCUUAUUAUACAAGUAUAUGAAGCAUCUAACAAAUCAAAGAUUGCUCCUGAGUGUCAGACUGGACAGGAUAAUGAAUAAAGAAGUUCUGUUAACAAGAACUCAGCAGAUAUGGACCUUUCCUCCAGCAUCCUGAAUAUGGCUACAUUAUGAAUAAAAUGCAUUGGAAACUUUUCACUUGAA